AUGAGCAUCUGUCAUAGACUGGCGAAGCUGCUGGUUUCGGUUCUGGAGCAGGGCUUGCCCCCCUCCCGCCGGGUCACCUGGCUGCAGAGCAUCCGCAUCCUGUCCAGGGACCGCAGCUGCCUGGACGCCUUCACCAGCGGCGUGGGGCUGCACGGGGAGAGCAGCUUCCCCCACGAGGUCCAGCUCUUUGACCUGCGCCUCCUGUUCCUGCUCACGGCACUCCGCCCCGAGGUGCGCCAGCAGCUGUUCCAGGAGCUGCAGGGCGUGCCCCUGCUCACGGAGGCCCUGCAGCUGACGCUGGGAGUGGCCCCGGGCCAGAGCCCACCAGAGCGCCUUCCUCCCCAGCAGACCGAGCGGGCCAUGGAGGUCCUCAAGGUGCUCUUCAACAUCACUUUCGACUCCGUCAGGAGGGAAGUGGACGAGGACGACGCUGCCCUUUACCGGCGCCUGGGGACUCUGCUGCGGCACUGCGUGAUGGUGGCUGCUGCUGGGGACCGCACGGAGGAGUUCCACGGCCACGCAGUGAACCUCCUGGGGAACCUGCCCGUCAAGUGUCUGGAUGUCCUGCUGGCUCUGGAGCCGCGCAAAGGCUCCCUGGAGUUCCUGGGCGUGAACAUGGACGUGAUGGGCGCCCUCCUCAGCUUCCUGGAGAAGCGCCUGCACCAGGUGCUGCCCCCGCUGAGGGACGUGAAGACCCGGCCCGAGGUGGGGGAGCUGCUGCGGAACAGGCUGGUGCGCCUCAUGACGCACCUGGACACCGACGUGAAGCGGGUGGCCGAGGAGUUCCUGUUUGUCCUGUGCUCGGAGAGUGUGCCCCGCUUCAUCAAGUACACGGGCUACGGGAACGCCGCCGGCCUCCUGGCUGCCCGGGGCCUCAUGGCAGGGGGCCGGCCUGAGGGCCAGUACUCAGAGGACGAGGACACGGACACGGAGGAGUACAAAGAGGCCAAGGCCAGCAGCAUCAACCCGGUGACCGGGAGGGUGGAGGAGAAGCCGCCCAACCCCAUGGAGGGCAUGACGGAGGAGCAGAAGGAGCACGAGGCCAUGAAGCUGGUGAACAUGUUCGACCGGCUCUCCAGGCACCGCGUCAUCCAGCCCAUGGGGGUGAGUCCCCGGGGCCAGCUCACCUCCCUGCAGGACGCCGUGUGCGAGAGCAUGGAGGGCCAGCUCUCCUCCGACGCAGACUCGGACCCUGACUGAGGGCGGCCGCCCUGCCCCGGCGGAACCGGUGCUGCUUCCAGCCGUGUCCUCGGCCCCUUGCUCUUCACUCCCUAAGUUUUGUUCCCGCUCUCACCCCUGGGACUGAGGCCUUGUCCUGCUGUCACUGUGGAAACCGACUUCCUCAGGUGGCAGGUCUCGUGAGCCAGGAGGGUGCGGCGGCUGCUCCCGAGGGCGGGCCUGCGUUGGGAAAGGAAGCCCAGAGCCAGGCGGUCGGGGGAAAGAACCUGCUAGAACAUGUACUAAUGUCAGAAACACUCGCGAGGGCUGUGUGCUGUUUCCGUGCCCAGGGAGCACCUCCUGGGUCCUGGCUCAGCUGCCUCUGGCUGUCCACGGCGCCCGAGCUCCCCCAAUUUCACAGUUGACUCUCCGUCGACGCCUCUGGUGUGGCUCAUAAACGCAUGAGGAAUCACU